UUCUUAAUGCUUUCGGUGUUGCAGGAAUUCGAUAUUAGUUUCAGAAGCUCGCGAUCUGGAUUAUUAGCAAAACAAUGGAGACGGUCAAGCGUCGUGAAGUAAUCGUUCGCGUCACGUCCACGAUGAAUUGAUCGUUAUCAUCGCGCGCGAAACAAAGAUUAGAAGAAGACUAUCAGCGAGGUUUCAUUGUAAGAAAGCAACUUGAUCUGGGCUGUGCACGCGUUUAAGAGCCUUUUUGUUGGACUUCUCGGACAUCCACAUCGCCAACGCUUUCGUCCAAAAUGCCGCAGACGACGCCGUACUCGAGCAAAUUCAACCCCGGCACUUACAGCAGCGGCCACAGCCACCGGCAGCCAGUGGAGGAGAACUACGGGGGCCUGCAUUACCGUGACAACAAGCUGGUGUCUGGCUCCCUGGAAGCCCUCAUACAGCUCUUAGUCCCCACCGUCGACUAUUACCCUGACAGGUCAUACAUUUUCACCUUCCUGCUGAGCUCCCGUCUCUUCCUGCACCCGUUCGAGCUCAUGUCCCGUGUCUGUUACCUCUGUGUGGACCAUCACAGGGUUGGCGACCCACAGACGGAUAAGAAAAGAAUUCGGGAAAUUGCACCGAAAAUCGUGCAGCUGCUCACAGAAUGGACCGAGACCUUCCCGUACGACUUCAGGGACGAGCGCAUGAUGCGCAGCCUCAAGGAGAUGACCCAUCGUCUAGCCUUCGGAGAUGAGCUCUCACGGAGGGCCAUGCAGAGACUCAUUCAGCGCCUCCUACGCAAACUGACCACCCUCGGACAGUACGAAGAGUCUCUGGCCACGUCCAGCGCCGCGGCGGCCAUGGAGCGACCGCUCGCCCUGAAGUCCAAGCAGCAGUUAGUGCGCAGAGAAGAGUGCGUUUUGAACCUGUGCGACGACCCUUUCGUCUUCGCCCAGCAGCUGACGCACAUUGAGAUGGAGAGACUCGGUUAUAUCGGCCCUGAAGAAUUCGUUCGAGCCUUUGCUCAGAAACGGCCCUCGGACAACCACAAGAGUUUCUUCAGCAAAAGAAAAGCAAGCAACCUGGAGGCCUACGUCGAAUGGUUCAACAGGCUGAGCUACCUGACAGCCACAGAAAUUUGCAUGCCGGUGAAGAAGAAGCACAGAGCCAGAGUGCUGGAGUUCUUCAUCGACGUGGCGCAGGAGUGCUUCAACAUCGGCAACUUCAACUCACUGAUGGCCAUUAUUACUGGGAUGAACAUGAACCCCGUGUCCAGACUGAAGAAGACCUGGAAUAAAGUCAACACCGACAAGUUUGACAUCCUGGUGCACCAAAUGGACCCGUCUAGCAACUUCUACAACUACCGCACUGCGCUGCGGGGAGCCACUCAGAGGUCUAGUACGGCACACACGAGCCAAGAAAUGAUUGUUAUCCCCUUCUUCAGCUUGUUCAUAAAGGAUAUCUACUUCCUGAACGAAGGCUGUGUCAAUAGACUGCCCAACGGACACAUCAAUUUUGAGAAAUUUUGGGAGCUGGCGAAGCAAGUGAGCGAGUUUCUGUCCUGGAGACAGGUGAUCUGUCCUUUUGAGAGGGAGAGGAAAACCCUGCAGUAUCUCAUCAGCACACCGGUGUUCAGUGAAGACGAGCUCCAGCUGGCGUCGUACGAGAGCGAAGGUCCUGAAAACAAUCUGGAGAGAGACACGCGCCGCUCGCUCAGGUCGUCCCUCAGCAGAACGUGAGCGUGUUCCUGACGCACGGACCGAUGGCACUGAAGACGCUGGAGGACUUUUCUACUCGUUCAAUGUUUCUGUUGUUUCAUUGGUGAAACUGAGGCUGGAUUCUCUUUGUGACAGUAACGCUAUGCUAAAGGAAACAUACUCAUCUCAUUUACCUCAAGUACCUUAAUGAAAUGUGCUCUAAAUCUGCUAUAGAUCUCCUGGGUGAAUGAAGAGCAUGUCGCUGGUUGACCUCUUCUAUUACAUUGUUUUGUUUCUUGCUUUUGGUAAGUGGUAUUAAUAGUUUGUGUACUGAACAUAUUUGUUACAAUAUUAAAAAAGCUAUUUUUAUGUGUAUUAUAGUUUCAUGUGAUCUGUGUAUAUGUUUCCCUAUAAAGGAUCUCUGAAUUAA